AUGCCUGCGGUAUCUAGUCACGGAUUCGUGCGCACGCUUGAAGCGCGAGAAUGGAGGGAUACAGUCGGUCAGUCCGGCAUGACACCGACGGCUUUUAGUUUCCUGAUUCCCGUCUUCGUUGUCGCUAUUGUGGCGCCGUUUUUGUGUAUAUUCUGCAUCCGGAAAAGACGGCAAGCCGUCCCUGUUCCAGCGCGCCCACCACCCAAGACGAAGAAGCCGGCACUUAGACGUGCAGAAGCAAGAGAGAAAUUGAACGAAGUUACCGAAGUAGUGAGCCUUUCCGGAACCACAUCUCGACAAAGCCGUGAUGGCGCAGAGAACGACGAGGGGAGAUUGGAAGUGGUAGAGUCGCGCUCGGUUUUAGAACGAGAAUGCGCAAUAUGUCUUUCCACUCUUCACGCUCCCGCCCCACCCGAACCCGCCAAACUUUCCCCAGAAACCCCAAUAACUGAUGAUGCCGCCCUGCCCGCCUCCCUUCCACAAUCCGACUCCCUUGACCCAUCAGCCACAACCACCACUACACCCGAAAAUGAAACCAUCCUCAAGCUCUCCGUCUGCGGCCACGAAUUCCAUGCAGAUUGUUUAGUCUCUUGGUUCGUCUUGCGCAAAACAAGCUGUCCGAUAUGCCGAUCCACGUAUAUGAGCAAGGAAGCCAUGGAGCAGCAUGAUGAGGAAGAAAGGAUAGCUUUAGGCGGAGAUGUGACGCCCGCGGUGUUGGAGGCCGGAACUGCGGUCCAAUCGCAGGCAGUGCCAGUAAGCAACUGGCGUUACUUCCUGCAUGGAAGUGGCAUAAGGAGACACCAAGAGACACAGGCACAGGCACAGGCUCAGCCUGCAGUGGAGCUACAGAACCGCACUCCACAGACGGUAGAGCAACAUGGGGCUGAUGCUGUAGUAACAGCAGAGGCGGCAGUGCAGCAGCCAGAGCAGCCUUCUAGGCCAAGGUGGCGGAGGUUGUUGAGAAUGUGA